AAGAAACAGGGAAACAGCGGAAGCUACCAGUAGAGUUUCUAGCAGCAGCAGAUGUUUGUUUUAUUGAUUUUAAACACCUCAGCUGUCUGUUAGUAGAAGCUCUUCAUGUCCUCUGCGUCUCUGAGGUGAAAUUUAUUCUCCUGUUGUUUCUGUCCAGCUUCUUCUGGCGGCAGCAGGAGUUCCCGCAGCGGGAAGUUUGAAAAGUCUGACUCCCUGGGAACAGAUGAGCCGCUGCCUGCAUGUUGUCUCCGGUUCCCUCUGACCCACCGCCUCUCAGUCCGGGUCGGUCCUCCUGCGGCUCGGACACCGGGGCCGUCCUCAUCCGCUCCACCCGGCAGAGAGCUGCUGAGGCACCGCAGCCCGUUCAGAUAACGGUCCGAAAACUGCGGGAGCCUCAGCAAAGCAGGCGAAAACACGGAACCAACCCGGAGGAUGGCGACCCAGAGCGGGCAGCAGGAGAUCCUCCAGCCGGUCCGGAGCUCCAGACGUCAUGCUACCAGCCUGGAGGGCGCGGCGUCGUGCUUGGCGCUCUGAGACAGCGCUGCCUUGGUACCAAGAAGAGGGAGGUCAGUGUCCAGCUGCUGGAACCAAGGCUGACCCUGAACCCACCGUCCCAUCAGAGCGCUGAGGAUGCAGUGGGCGUUCAGGGCGGGGCUUCAUCUGGUCUGGAAGACGCCAGCAGAACAGCAGUAGCUGCUGCAGCUGUGGCUGCUGCAGCUCCUCUGUUCAAGGCCCAAUCAGACAUAGAAGCUCAAAUGUCGCGGUUGUCUGAAAGUGUCCAGAAGCUCCUGGAAACCAACAGGGAGGCUGAUGGCCGGCGGUGGGGCCUGAGUCAGCAGACGCUGCAUCACCUAGAGACUCUGCAGAGCCAGCAGCUCCAGCUGCAGAGCCAGCUAAUGGAGUCAGCCAUCAAGAUAGUGACAGGCCACGGUUCCAUGACUUCAGACUCUGAAGCAGCAGCAAAGGUUGGGCACCAGAAACCUGGAAGGCCUGACAGUACAGCGGCCAUCACACAGAUGGAUGCGGUUACCAUGGAAACACCCCCCCGUGGCUCCAGGCCAGGGCAGACCAGGGACAACCUGUGUGUGCAGGCCCCUCUGGCUGAAAGCCUUCACCUUCAGUCUUUGGCAAAUGACACUCAGCAAGCGGUAAGGAGAGCAAGUGAUAUGCUGAAGCAGAUGGAGAGUCUGAAGACGGAGAUAAAGAUGCUGCUGACUCAGCAAGAUCAGACUCCACAAUUCAGCUUUCCUGCUCCAGACCAGAGUGAGAUUCCAAAUAAACAUCUUGAGCCCCAACAGAGCAAAUCCAAGCCCAAGCAGGCCUGGUUCUACCUGUCUAGUGCUGAGCAAAGCCAGAGCCGUCCAAACGAUCUUCAACAAAAUGAUUCCCAAAACACUUCUCACGUCCAGCAUAAUAAGCAACAUGUGGGUCAGCAGCUGCAGUCAGAGCUUAAUCCGCCCAGCUCCCGGGAUCUGCAGCCCGUUCCAACACCGUCUCAGGCUGGACCAUCGCUGACUCAUCCUAGCUUCACCCAGGAUUCCAGAGGUCUGUCUAACCAGCGCUCCCAUCCUGGACCGAUCCAGAGGAAGCCCGGGAGCCACUCUGUGCUGGAGGAGGCGGGUCAGGUUCUCCGUCAGGCCCGGAGACGGAAAAAGGUUCUGGAGGAAAACCUGGAAGCUCUGAUGAAAGCAAAGAAUGGAGAAAUCCUACACUGCCAGCUGGAAGCGCUGGCUGCUAACAGAGACCUGACUGAAGACGUGCGGAUAAAGAAGACAGUGGAUGCCUGGAUCAGCUCCUUAACCACAGACACUCAGGUGCAGGAUCAACCUCCUCCCCAUCAGGGCGAGACGCGUCCAGGAGAGGCCAAUCAGCGCAGAGCAGCGAACGCGACAAAGUUUCGACCCAGACCAUCAGGCAGAGGGAAGACGCCGACGGUGCCCAGAGGAACAAGCAAUAGGCCCGUUAUGGGAAGAGGAAGCAGAGGCCAACCUGCUGGACACAGAACGCUGCAGGAGGCGGAGCCUAAAGGAGUCUCAGGGAACCAGAUGGGCAUCCAGCAGGAGGAUGUUGGUGGAGAACUGUAUCUGACUCGUCUUUACGGCAAACUCCCUCAUGAAGGUCUGAGACGAACCCUGAAGAAGAGCCCGUACCCUCGUUUCAGCUCCCCCGCAUCCCCUCUGGGCAGGAAGCUCCGCCCCCGACUGGUGGAAAGCAUCAGAGGUGUAAGGGUGAAGUCCUGUAAGACUCAGACUAGCUUCUCUCCUCACCACAGUCUGUCGGCUGAGCCUCCAGUGGAUUAUACUGGAAGCUCCACUGGUGCCACGGCCAUCCCACUGCGUCCCCCCAGGAUACACUCCUCCUCCAGGAGGGAGCGUCCUCAGGAAGCUCCUCCCAGGAUACACUCCUCCAUGAGUGGGCAUGGUCAGGAAGUCCUUCCUAGUGCUCUGCCAGCUAGCGGCGCGGAAAUUAACGACAGCACCGAUUACCAACAGGUGAACUUCAUCACAAUAACACCUGGAAGGCGAAGUCUAGCAGUGGACGGUUUUAAUUGGCUCAUUCAGUAUUUUCUAAGAGCGGAGGUUCUCAGCCUUUGCCGAUUAGUCAUAACUAAGCAGCAGCUAAUCACAGAAAUGCCUUCAUCUUCUCCACUAUGCAUCAUCGAGACAGCUGCAGCUGAGCGCCAUGAAGAUCAUGAAGAAAACUUCCCUGGAAAUAACUUUCUCUCUGUCUCUGAUCUCAACCAGGAAGAGAACAGUGAGGUGGGAGAGGAGGCCGUGGUGUUGGAGGGAUGCCCGUCUCCAGGUCCGGUCCGGUACCACAGCCCCGCCUUCCCGCCUAGAGCCCCCUCCCCCCGCCGUGCUGAGAAAGGGGCCCCUGCGGUUACCGGCGGCCCUCGGCGGGAUGUCCUGGAGGACCGGCUGGUGGAAUGGGUGGAGCAGCAGCUGAUGUCCAGGAUGAUUGCUGACAUGUACUCCCGGCCCCCACCUGAUCCCGCCCAGAACGACUCCACGGACCAAUCGGAGCUGGAGGAGCAGAGCCUCACGUCAGACAUCGUGGAAGCGGCAGGAGGAGAAGGUCUGCAUCUCUUUGUAGACUCCAACAUGUCCGUGGACUCGGCGUUAAUUAGGCAGCUGGUUAACGAGGUUCUGAGUGAAACUGUGGCCCAGAUGCUGAACCGCACAGAUGCGGCUCCAGAGCCAGAAGUGGAAGCAGCUGAAACACAUCGUAACGAGGAAACAGAGCAGCCGCCAGCCCCACUGGUUCCCACACCGGUCCCAACGCCUCCACCCAGUGGGCCCCAGCCCAGCAGAGAGAGCCCCCCUGCAGCCACGCCUCCUCCAUCCACACCAUCCAGCCCAGUUAUCCUGGAAUCUGCAGAGCCCGUCCCUACAGCAGAUCCCGUCGCUACGCCGACCGCCACGCCAGAGCCCCAAUCUCCUGAAGAAAGUCCCCCUGCUUCUCUUCAAGCCCCGCCCCCUAAACUUCCCCUGGAUGAGGAUGGACCAGAGGAGGAGCUGGAGUCACAGAAGCAGCCUUUGGUGGCGUCCAUGGAAGAGGAGGAGCCUCCGGCCUGCCGCCCUGCUGCUGCUCAGUCUGAGGCUGAACCCAGUCCUGCUCUCCCUCCCAGCCUUUCAGAAACCAGCAGCUCCAGCACCAGCAGCAGCUCUGUAACAGCAGAAACCGAAGCGGCUCUGAAGCACAUCUCAGAGGGAGAGCUGCUCAUCAGUGCCAACCAGCUGGCCCCUCUCACAGAAGAGGAGGGGCUCUGCAGCUUCUCCAGCUCUCUACGUGAGGUGGAGGACAUGGCCUUAGACUCCUCCACUGUGGAACAGGUUGGAGGUCGUGACCUUUUGCUGACACUGCUGACCAAGGUGGAUCAGGGAGGACAAAGGCCGGACCCUGAGGGCUCUUGGGGGAGGGAGGAGAUGGAGGAUGAGGUGAGUCUGGGGGAGGUCAGAGACUACGGGCAUCUAAGACCUCAGACCCAGAGCAGAACUCUGGGUCUGCUGGACCAGACGUCUGCCUGCGGCCAGAACAGUCCGCCUGCAGAGGAUGAACAGCAGGAGAAGCUGAACACGAGAGGAGCCAUGAAGGGAGGCGUCCAUCCGUCCACCUUCAGACCCCAGGAGGAUAGAGACCAGGAGGAGAUCAGGAGCACCGAGUCCUCCAGCGAUGAUGCCUUCUGAUCACAGAUUCUGCUGACUCCCUCCUUUCAAUGAUAAUUGGAUACAUGACCUUUGACCUUUGUCAAAAACAGUGGUAAACUGUUUGGCUGUUUGGUGUUUUUGUUCUGAACAUGUUCAUUUGGAAUAAAAUGACCUGUUUUACUUCUGA